GACACUGGUCAGCAGCCUGUACCGUCUGCCAGGCAGGACUCCCAGGACAGGUCUGACAGUCAGCCCGGUAGCAGUUCCACUCAACUCCCCUUCCCUAUUCCAAGCACGGGGACGCGCACCACACUGGAGAAGGGAACGCUGCGAUAGUUUUCACCUACUUGCCCUCUUACCGCAAUCUGCCUUGUCCUUUCCCCGCGGGCUGUAGAGUCCGGCAGGCGGCGGCUUAUACCCGAUCCUUACAUGGAAGGAGGCGGCAGGGACACCGAUCAUUCCCCAAUCCUAGAACCAACAAAAGGCUCCAAAAAGUCUCCUCCAGAAUCCUCGAAACAUCUUCUGAUCCUUGUAAUUGGUCUAGUGGCUGUACCAUUAGUUAUAGUGAUUAUACGGAUUGCUGUAACUGCUGUUCGGCCCAGGACAGGUAACCAACAAUGCUCACACUCUGAUACAAGGGAGGAUUUGAAAGCCCCAAAGCAUUCCACUCAAGCAGUUACACAGGAAACCUCCAAAGUGAAGCCUCCACCAUGUGAGGAUGACUGGAUCUGGAGCAGGGGGAAAUGUUACUAUUUCUCUGACAUGCGUGAUACAUGGACCAACAGCCGGAAAUUCUGCAAUGAAGAAAAUGCGUACCUGGCACUUAUUGAUAACGAGGUUGAACUGAAAUUAUUAAACAAAUAUAAGGGAGAAGGCGGAUCCUGGAUUGGACUAAGUUGGGAUGAUGAUGAGAAUGCCUGGACCUGGACUAAUGGGACAGUAUACACUGAGCAGCUAUUUUCCAUCACGAGUAUUUCGAACAACUCUGACAAAUCCGAAUGCGUUUUCCUGAGUUGGGAAGGCGUCAGAUCUCAGAACGGAGAAUAUGAAAACAAAUGGAUUUGUGCAAAACCUAGUGCGGUUUAGCAUGACAAAACGUUCUCCAUCACGAGUAUGUUGGACAAAUCUGGUGAAUCCUAACGUGUGUUCCUGAGUCUUGAGAGUGUCAAGUGUCCGAUACUGCAGUAGAAUAUGAAAACAAAUGGAAUUGUGCAAAACCAAGUUUUGCUUGUCAUGGAAAAACGUGAGAAGAACGGGAUUAACUCUUGAAGCAGAUACAGUCGAUUCGCAGUGCAGAUGGGAGUGGCUUAAUAUGUCAACAUGGUUGUCGUCAUGCUUGCCAUUCAUCAUAUCGACACUGAUUAGGUGUCGACACGAUUAGAAUGUUGACAAAAUGUUCCUGGUGGUUUAGAGGUGACACAGUAGUUACGGUGGGUCCAGCAACUACAAAGGUGUCUUUCAGGUCUGGCGGUAAUGACAUGUUGAUAUGAGGCGCGUCUGGUAAUGAGGGCCUAACCCUGCCCGCUCGCCCCGUAGCCUAACGCUAACCCUCUUGUUCGUGUAGAAUGCAACAUUUCACAUUAAUAUUUGCAAAACCGAAUGAAUUAUAUUUUCACCGGCCAAUAGUACUUACCAACCUGGUAUUUCUAUCACUGUUGAUAACUCAACAAUCAACCCUACCCCACAAGCUCGAUGGCUAGGUGUCAUCGUUGACUCUGAUCUGUCCUUUGUUCCCCACAUUCAGUCUGUCUCUAAAUCAUGUUACAUGCAUCUAGAAAACAUAUUCAAAAUACAACCAUACCUUACUGGUCUUACCAAGAACAGAUUCUUUCCACUACAAUCCAUUCUGAAUGCAGCUGCAAGGCUAAGCUUCCUCGCUAAACAUUCAUCGUCUGCUGAUCCACUCUGUCAGUCUCUCCAUUGGUUACCCUUUUUCUCAGUAUGGGCAAAAAGGCAAUAUCCAUUCACUAUAAGCUUUUACAUACUCUUAUAGUCCUACAAUGGUGCUUGAAAGUUUGUGAACCGUUCAGAACUGUCUAUAUUUCUGCUGAAAUUUGACCUAAAACUACCACAGAUUUAAAGUCCUAAUGGUAGAUAAAGAGAACCAAAUCGAACAAAUGAUACAAAAAAAUUAGACAUGCUCAUUUUCUGCAGCGGGGUACACUGUGUUCCACAGGGAAACAUUGGGGUGUAGAGU